GAAAUGCCGGCGCUUAGUUCCCGUGCCCAUCCUCCUCUGUCAGUGUCAUAGCGUACACCUUCCCUCUUCGAUACCCACUGCUGCAGGCUUCAGUAUACCAUCCAGGAGGUGUCUUGCGACUACGUAGUAAUGCUGGAAUGGGGUUCUUCUCGUCAAGGAAGCCCUACGACGACUAUGUUGCCACCGACAAAUCCGUCGUCCAUGUCAUCCGCUCACGUUUCUACGGCAAAAACAAGGGAAAGGAACGCGAAGAUGCCAAUCCAACUUUUGUCGAUACGGGCAAGUCGGCGGCGCAAACCUUGGCUCAGCCGUCUCCGAUACAUACGAAUGGAACUGAGGCUGCUGCGGCCUCGUUGCAUAAAAAGACGGGGCCUCGUGCGCGGAACAGUGUAUAUGGCCAGCCAGGGUCCUCUGCUGCAAAAUCUGCUUCCAACAUGCCAGCGCCAUCACCACUACGGAAGAACACUAAUGACGAUGAUACAACUGCGGUUUCCCCAGCGAGAAAGGCCAUGGAUAGCGUCACGGUGACGUUGGCGCAGCGAUUGAACGAAUUGGCAGUAGCGAAUUCGGAGGGCUUGCUGAACGAUGAUGAAUACCGAAUGCUGCGGCAGAGUCUGUUUGAGAGAUUCGCGAGCAACUCGGCCGUGCCUUCUGAGGAACCUAUCGUUCCCGUUAGCCGACACCAAGCACGUGGAAGUGAAAGUAGUAAAAGAUCCAGCUCACGGCCCUCUUCUAAUUUUGUCGUUACCAUUCCUCGUUCGCCUUCAGUACGGUCACGCACGUCAGUGGCCUCAGGCAUGACGGGUCUGUUUCGGAAAUCUACAGGUGGUCGGACACAGUCCGGGUCGAAAGAUGUCAGCGACACAUCUAGCGUUUUCUCUUCAACAUCUAGUAGUUCCAACAUUUUCAAGCUUCCCCGACUCAUGAAGAAGUCAAGUGCAUCGUCAGUGGCGUCCGCACAGACGGAAGCAUCUCGACCGACAGACACGAUUUCAUUGUCUUCUCGCCGGACGGGGUUAAGCGCCCUCGAACGACAUGAUCAUCCUAGUAUGCCCCACCUUCCCUCCUCUCGUUCCACCACGUCAAGUAUCAGACGAUACGCUACUCCGCCCUCCGCAUUUCCUGGUGCCAGAGCGCUUGCAACAGAUCCCAAGUAUUCUGGGACCAUGAACGAUGUCUUCGACGAAGGUGACCUUAAAUCUUCUGAAGAGAUAAAGCAAGAGAUGGCGGCCGUCGAGUCGGAGCGAAAGCGUCUGAUGGAUGCGUUCCACGGGCUCGAGGUAACCGCAUUAACCAAGAAACACCAUCAGAGAGGAAAGAUCCACGAAGAUAGUAGCGCUGGUGACGCGUCGACAUGGACCCUGAUACCUGAUUCACGGAGUCAACGGCGAAUGGCUAUGAGUAGCGCCGAUAGCGAUGUUACAUCAAUACGGUCGGGCACAUCUAUCAACACAACAUACACAGGAAGACGGGUAGUGCGCCAGAAGACGACUUCGAGCCUUGCAACAACAUCAAGACCUGGAUCAUUGCACAGAAAGAACUCUGUUUCAAGUGUGUCAUCAGGGAGGGUUGCUGGUACUGGAGGCGGUGGGCUGGCACCACCACCUGUGCCUUCUUUACCCAUGGGGAUGUCACUCAACCAUGGAAACACUGCUAGUGGCUCCAGCAUUAACUUGACCAGGAGCUCAGGCCAUCCGUCCAUGCGUUCGGUGCCGGAAGACGAAGUCAGGUCCGUGGCUGAUAGAUCUACGUCUGGCAGAUCUGACAAGAAGGAGACGGAUGAGAUGGAGGAUGAGAUGGAGCGGGAGAUGGAGGAUAUACGGCGCCGACGGGAGGAAGUGAGUCUGCGAUAUGAGGCACGUCUCGAGUACCUGCAGGCCAAGCUGAAGGGGGCCCAGUUACACGAGAAGUUGAUGAAAAAGUGAUGAAAAGUGGCGUUUUUAUUCCAAGAUAAGAUUAGAUUUUGAUGAUACCCCGGGAUUUUCCGUAGUGGAUUUGUAUAUUAUUGUUUCCUUUUCUGAUUGGUUGU